AUGGCUGUGAUACCGCUCAGUCGUUACGUCGCUCUCGACUGCGAGAUGGUGCAGUGCCGCUCACAGUUGGCACUUGCUCGCAUCGCGGUCGUCGACUACACCGGCGCCGAAGUGUACCACUCCUUCGUCUUUGUCCAUCCAGAAGACGUGACAAACUACCACACCGAUAUAACCGGCAUAACGAAGAGUGACUUGCACGGCGCACCAUCCUUCGAGAUCGUCCAAGCGUGCGUGAGGGAGCUUCUUGCCGACAAGAUCGUUGUCGGUCACGCGCUGUUCAACGACCUCGCGAUCCUGCAGCACCGGCACGUUUACGAGGAGAUGCGCGAUACCGCGUUGUACUAUCCACUGCGUGAGCGGUGCAAUGUCCACCACGAGGGACAGUAUCCCGCUCUUCGCCGAGUCGCACUGGAGGUGCUCGGUCGCAAGAUACAGUGUGGUUCCCACUGUCCUCUCGAAGACGCACGCGCCACGAUGGACAUCUUCCUCAGUGUGAGGGAAGAGUACGAGGCGGCACUGGCUUCCGGCGAUGACGUUGUCGCAGCCGUUCCGGGGUGA